CAGGGGUAAAUAAUUGAAGGGCAGGUCACACGAACCUGCCCGCGUCACAGGAUGCCUUCCCCCCGGGUCUGGUUACGCCCCAGAUCACAUUCUGACAUCCCUGGCUGGUGAAUAAUUAAGCUGCCACCUCCCCGGCCACCACCGGCAGGCCCUCACCUCCGUGCUACUCUGCAGGAUUCUUCACUCCCUUAGAGCAGUGGGCACUGGAGGGGACUGACCCUCGGCGCUCCCGACCCUGCCAGCACCCCCAGCCUCCUGCUCAGCACCUGGGUCGAAGCCCACUCCAUGGCCCCCGAGAUGGACCAGUUCUACAGGUCCACCAUGGCCAUCUACAAGGGUAUCAUGGAGCAGUUUAACCCUGCCCUGGAGAACCUGGUGUACCUCGGGAACAACUACCUCCGGGCCUUCCACGCUCUGUCCGAGGCGGCUGAGGUAUACUUCAACGCCAUCCAGAAGAUCGGGGAGCAGGCCUUGCAGAGCUCCACCUCGCAGAUUCUGGGGGAGAUCCUGGUGCAGAUGUCAGAUACCCAGCGGCACUUGAACUCCGACCUGGAGGUCGUGGUGCAGACGUUCCACGGAGAUCUGCUGCAACACAUGGAAAAGAACACGAAGCUGGACAUGCAGUUCAUCAAAGACAGCCGCCAGCACUAUGAGAUCGAAUACCGCCACCGAGCCGCCAACCUGGAGAAGUAUAUGUCUGAGCUGUGGCGCAUGGAGCGCAAGAGGGACAAGAAUGCGCGGGAGAUGAAGGAGAGCGUGAACCGGCUGCACGCACAGAUGCAGGCCUUCAUGUCCGAGAGCCAGCGGGCAGCUGAGCUGGAAGAGAAGCGGCGUUAUCGUUUCCUGGCCGAGAAGCACCUGCUGCUUUCCAACACCUUCCUGCAUUUUUUUGGCCGGGCCCGGAGCACGCUCCAGAACCGCGUGCUGCUGUGGAAGGAGCAGUCGGAGGCCAGCCGCAGCCCGUCGCGCGCCCACUCCCCUGGCCUGCUGGGCCCCGUGCUGGGGCCGCCCUACCCCUCGGGCCGCCUGACGCCCACCCGCCUGGACAUGCCCCAGCGGCCGCUCGCGGAGUUCAGCUCCCCGCGCAGCCGGCACGGCUCCGGCUCCUACGGCCCCGGCCCCGAGCCCGCCUCCGAGGCGAGGUCCGCGUCCCAGCUGGAGCCAGACCGCCGGUCGCUGCCCCGGACGCCGUCCGCCUCCUCGCUCUACGCCGGCAGCACCCAGCGCUCGCGCUCCAACUCCUUCGGCGAGCGCCCGGGCGGCGGGGGCGGCGGCGGGGGCGCCCGGAGAGUCCGCGCCCUCGUCUCCCACUCGGAGGGCGCCAACCACACGCUGCUGCGCUUCUCGGCCGGAGACGUCGUGGAGGUGUUAGUGCCAGAGGCCCAGAACGGCUGGCUCUACGGCAAGCUGGAGGGCUCGUCCACGAGCGGCUGGUUCCCCGGGGCCUACGUGAAGCCUUUGGAGGAGGUGCCUGUGAACCCCACGAACCCCUUGACCCCAGUGACCUCCAUGAACCUGAUGAACCCUAUGAAUGAGCUACCUUCCAGAUCCUACCCCCUCCGGGGCAGCCACAGCCUUGAUGACCUCCUGGGCCGGCCGGGCAACUCUACAGCACCCUCGGAGUACUGGGACGGCCAAUCCGGCUCCCGAACCCCAAGCCGGAUACCGAGCCGCGCCCCCAGCCCUGCACCUCCGCCCUUGCCUAGUAACCGCCGAAGCAGCGUAGGCAGCAUGGGGGUGGCGAGUGACGUCAAGAAACUUAUGUCCUCGGAACAGCACCCUCCAGAGCUCUUCCCUCGGGGCACAAACCCCUUUGCCACCGUAAAGCUGCGGCCCACAGUCACCAACGACCGCUCAGCGCCCCUCAUCCGCUGAGGCGCCCUCAUCCAUCCGGGGUCUGAGCUCGUCCCCACACCUGCCCAGGGGCUGUCGGGAGCUGGGGGCAGCAGCAGAAGCAGCAGCGGUGGACCCAAGAAGCCGGGGCCCUGGAACUGGGGGUGGCUGCCCCUCCCAGGGGACUGACCUGGGGUCCGGGACCUUCAAAGUAAAGCAGGCAGAAUGGGGGACAGGACAGUCUCUUCCCCUCCAAGGGCCCCAGGACUCUCCCUGGGGGCCUGUCUCGUGCACCCCACCCCCUUUCCCCUUCUCUGCCCCAGGAGGGAGGAGCCCCGCACACCCCCUUCCCCACCCCCCCAUACGUCCUCCGGUUUAACUUUUGUAAACGGGGAGAAAUAAAGCAAGGAGACAGCAGCAGGAGUG